GCGCGUGCGCGAACGAAGCGCGGGCUUUUCUGUAGCGGCGCUAUGGGCGAGGCCUACACGCCGGUGGAGGCUGCGCUGGGGACCGAGGAGAGCUUCCUCUCUCUGGCAGACAUCCUCAUGUCGCAAGAGAGGCUGCCGUGCCGCGCUGAGAUCAAACUACCUCGCCUCGCCACCGUCUUGGGUAAAGCGGCCAGUGCCGCCGCCGCCUCCUCAGACAACGCGCUCCCUGAGGUGAGCUAACAUCCCGCCACCCUCCUGGACGGAAUGACUACAACUCCCGACAGCUUCAGGUCGGAAGUGACGAUACAGAACGGGAGGUUCAGACUUCCGUUCAAAUCGGCUUUGCCCAUAGAUCUAUAAGGCGACUUCGUUACCACGGCGAGUUUCCGGGUUGAGUUUGAAGUGUCUCGGAGGACAAUGAGAAAUCCCGGGAUUUCAGUGGGGGAAUCCAAGAUAGUUGUAUGACUGAAAUGGCACAAUGGGUCGGUGCAUCUGGCUGUUAACCAGAAGGUUGGUUGGUAGAGCUCAACCAGAGACGGCUGCGGACAGGAUUCCUGCACUGCAGGGGGUUGGACUAGAUGACCCUGGGGGUCCCUUUCUAUGAUUGUAUGAAUGCAGAAGGUAGCAGCAAGGGCAGCUGUUCAUGUUCUUGUAACUCAAGCCUUCUCUUUUUAAUCUUUUCCCUUAAUGAGGUCCUAAAUAAUUUAAAAGUGCAAUGCAUCUGAAUGCAGGUCAGCAGAGCAUGAGGCUUCUGCAUGCCUUUGGGCUCUGGAUGGGCAACCCAAGUACAGUGGUACCUCAGGUUAAGUACUUAAUUCGUUCCGGAAGUCCGUACUUAACCUGAAACUGUUCUUAACCUGAAGCACCACUUUAGCUAAUGGGGCCUCCUGCUGCUGCCGUGCCGCCGGAGCAUGAUUUCUGUUCUCAUCCUGAAGCAAAGUUCUUAACCUGAAGCACUAUUUCUGGCUUAGUGGAGUCUGUAACCUGAAGCAUUUGUAACCCGAGGUACCACUGUAGAUCAUGCUUCUUCGUGGCUGGUGCUCCAAGCCGGCUUGGAGCUCCUGGGAAGGAGAGGCUAAGGCUUGCUCUGGCUCAAGAGAGUAGAGCCCAAACCUUUUUAGACUUCACCCAAACUUUGGCACCUGAGGAGGGGGAGGGGGUCCAUCUUGAGGGAGGGUCCACAGCUCAGCGGUGGAGCAUCUGCUUCGCAUGCAGAAGGCCCCUGGUUCAAUCCCUGGCAUCUCCAGGUAGGGCUGGGGAAGAAGCCUUCGUGAAACCCCAGUGGGCUGCUGCCAGUCAGUAUAGACUGUACUGAGCUAGAUGGACCAAUGGUGUGACAUGGUAUCAGGCAGCUUCCUGUGUUCCUCUCCUCUGUAGCUACAGGGCUGUCCCCAACCUGCUGUUCUCCAGUUCUUUUGAACUGCAACUUCCUUGGGAACUACAGCUGUAAAGCUAUUGUAGCUAACAGUUUCAGCCACAUUCACCUUCCCACUGCAAUAUGAGGUUAUUUAUCAUUUGUUGCAUAUAUAUCCUCUUCUCCAAGGAGCUCAAGGUAGCUCCCUGUUCAUUUAAUCCCCACAACAUUCCUGUGAGCUAGGUUUAGCUGAGAGGACAGUGACUGGCCCAAGAUCACUCAGUGGGCUUCAUGGCUGAGCGGGAAUUUGAGUCCUGGUCUGACAUUCUAACCACUACACCACACUGGCUCUCUUUAUAUGGCAUGAAAGUUAGAGCAAAUGUCUUAAUUUACAUUUUCUGUACUUUUUACCACACGCAUAAAUUUGUGGUGCACCUUACUUUGGAACCAUUUUUAAAAAAAAUUCUAGAGCAAUAAAAAUAUUAUUGCUUUGUUUGACCUUUAUCUUUCAAAUCCAUUUUUAAAAGCCUGAAACCAUUUCAUUAUAGAUUGACAACAGUUAAUCCUUUUCUUUUGUCUUUCUGAAGUAACUUUAAUCAAAUUCUCAGAUAUUAUUACAGUUAAAAUGUAAAAACAUUCUAUUCACAGUAUUGUUUUUUAAAGUUUGCUAUCUCCAUUUGGAAUGAUUCUAAUUUUGUAAUUUUCCAGUCUCUUUAUUUCAUUCCUACCCUUUUUUAUAUACAUCUCUACACUUCCCUGUGCUAUUUUGUGUAGAAAUAUAACCUGACACAAUAAAAAAAUAUAACAAAAUUUUAUUAGGGUUACCCAAAUCAAGCAUCCCAAUAGCGUCAAACCACUUAAGAUUAUAGUGUAAAAACACAUAUUUUCGUUACUGUUCUGGUAGUCUAAAAUGUAUGGAAAGUCUGCUAUUGUCUAUUCCUUAAUUUUACCUGUUCAUCUGGGAGACACUGCCAGUACAAUUUUGUUCAAAUGUCUGAAACUGUUAUCCUCCCAACUCCCCCUCCCAAAAUGUUAGAAUCACUUUAUAUUGCUUCCCUGUCCUACACCACAUCCCAAAUGUGAGGCAGAAUGUGCUUCAACCCCGCAAUUUCAGUGCAGUUUCUGUUUGUGCAAGUUUCUCUUUAGGCUGCAAACAAAUUUGCUUCCAAGUUACUAUGGCAGCCAAUGCAAGUUUCUUGGAGUACAUAACACGGCUGCAAGUCUGCUACAGUUUUAUGUAUACUGCUUAUUGUUGGUUUUCACCUUGUUUGUAUUUUGAUUUAUACAGGGCUCAAAGCUGGAAAUCCCCCUCUGGCUGGCCAAAGGCUUAUAUGACAACAAACGGAGGAUCCUUUCUGUGGAAUUGCCAAAGAUUUACAAGGAGAGCUGGCGGACGGUGUUAAAUGCAGAUGCCAAUGUGGUUGACCUGCAUAAAUUGGGGCCAUACUACUAUGGAUUUGGCUCCCAGCUGCUGAAUUUUGACAGUCCUGAAAAUACUGAACUAGCUCAGACUAUAUUGCAGGUAAAACACCGAAUUUGACAGAAGGCUUCUUCCCCUUAAUGCUUCUGAGCUCUCUGUGCUAUGGCUUCUUUUGGUAGUGAAGUGUUGCUCUUUGAGAGCUGUUUAAACGUUCAUAGCAACCUUCCCACCCAAUUUUCCCCUGUGCUUUUUUGACUUAUCAUGGCAAGUACAACACUUGCUUCAGUGCCAAAUGGCAAAGACCUUCAUUAGAAUCAACCAAAGUGCCGCUAAAUUUUGAGCAAGCUUUCAAGUUCUUCAACUCUCUUCAUCUGAAUGAAUGUUCAACAAAACAGGAGGGAGGGGGAGGGGAGGGUAGAAAGAGUUGAGCAGGAUCUUGUCACUCCAAAUCUACAGUUCACAACUAUCUUAAAAUGGGAGUGCAGGAGAGGCUAUGCAGACAUAAAUAGAUAAGCCUCACCAGGUGUCAGACAUGGCAGGAUGUGCCCAGGGCUGCUGUGACAAAGAGGUGACAGUGGCUGCGUCCUCAUUUUUGGAAAAUAAAGUGUGUAGCAUUUAUUCAUGUCAGUAUCCAGUGCUAGACUUUAUCUAGAUUUACUUAUAAUUAUUUUGUUUGUUUAUUAUUUGUAGUAAUAGCCUAAAUGACCCUGGGGUGGGUUACAGAAAUAUCCUAGUUAAAAGCACACAGUAGUGGCACAAGAUAAAACUUGGGAGGGGAGGUCAUUCCAUAACCUGGGAGCCACCACAGAGAAGGCCCUCUCACUGGCCACUGUCCAUUGGCACACACAGGCAGGUUGAUGUGGGAGGAGGUGUAUCUUCAUAUAUUUUGGGCUGAAGUCAUUUCAGGCCCUGUAUGUCAGUGCCAAAUUGGGCUAGGCAACUACUGCAGAUCUUUCAAGACUGUUGUAAUGUGUGUCUGGCACUCACUAGCAGUGUGACUGCUGCAUUCUGCACAAGUUGCAGCUUCCAAACCAUCUUCAAGUGCAUUGCAGUAGUACAGUCUGGAAGUCACCUGGGCUUGGAUCAUUGUGGCCAAACUAUCCCUGACCAGGAAGGGCCAUACCAACCAGAGCUGGACAUAGGCUCUCCUAGCCACCAAGGCCACCUGGUCCUCAGGUAACUUAGAUGCUUCCAGGGGAGUACCAACCCAUCUCCCUACCACCUGGACUUGAGUACCUGCAGCACACAGUACCUCUCCUGUCCAGAUUCAGUUUAAUGUAUGGGUCCACAUUACCAGCUCCAGGCAGUGGUCAAGCACCUGAAUUGCCUCUCCUGUUUCAAAUGGAGCAUGCUUUGCAUGGUACACUAAAGGCCAAUUUGGAUAGUUUUUCCUAGUGUUUUGGAGGGCAUGUUAUCUCCAAAAGUUUUAAGUCCCACCUUCGUUUGCUAGAAUAUCAUUUCUUUCCUGUUUUAAAAUCCUAUUCUUAGACAGCUAAACAUGGUAUUAUCCAAGCACAGAAAAUUGGAGGUAGCGGCAUUGAUCCAUUGCAAAAACUAAACCAAAUCCAUUGGAUUGUCAUUAAGUAAAUGGCCUUCUAUGGCCUAGAUGCUACCAUGGUCCCAAAUCAUUAUACUCAUAAUUCAGCCACAGCAAGCCUCAGUCAAAGGAGAAGCUAACUUGACCCAGAUCUUUCUGUCUCUUCCCAGGCCAGGACCCACACCAGCCCUGUUCCAUGCCUUCCUUGAGUGCUUUUGCCUGCCUGGAAUGUGUCCUUGAUCUGUGAUAAUACCUUUUGCUUCCCUGGGUGGAGGUGGAGGUGUGUGUGUGUGUAGAAAUCUCUGACGUUUGUGUGGCUGAAAUGUAGCCCAUUGUACAAAGGUUAGGCUUGCAUCCAUUAUUCUUCCCGCUUUUGCCUCUGACCUCGCUAACAUGCAGCCCCAAGAAGGUUGGCCAUGAUGGACUGUGACCUUGGGCUGGAAAAAGUCACCCACCCGCCGACUGCUGCUAUAGUUUGUUAACCUGGUCCUGUGUGUAGCCUGGCGCUCCCUUUGGCUACUUGAGCCUACUCAGGACUUCCUUCCAUUCUAAGUAACUCUGCUUCCCUCUUCAGACAUUUAUUGGCCGAUUCCGUCGCAUCAUGGACUCUUCCCAGAAUGCAUUCAAUGAGGACACGUCUGUGCUGGUAGCCCGUCUGGAUGAGUUGGAACGAGCCUUAUUUCAAGCAGGCCAGAAAGGACUUAAUGACUUCCAGUGCUGGGAAAAGGGUCAGGCCUCCCAGAUCACAGCAUCCAGCCUAAUCCAGAAUUACAAGAAGAGAAAAUUUUCUGACUUGGACAGCUGAGUGCAUGAAGGGCACAGUUGACACUUCCAUGGCAAGAGACAAAAGAGGAAAUGAUGUUCAUUUUAUGAAUUGAAAAUCUCCCUGGUAACAUCUUGAGAUUGAACUAGAGCAUAUUUCUGAGGAAUGUUGGCUAACACUGUGUGGCCUGCACCCGUCCACUCACUCUUCUAAGGACGUACAAGAUUAUUCUGGGUUUGUGUCUGAAUGGAUACAAUCAAUUGGAACAAAUCUUAUUGGGCAAUAAUUAACAUUUUAUUCAAUCUAAUGCAGCUAUGUUUUAAUCUUUCAAGUGAUGACUCUAGAAAUGCAGGGCAAAAGGAUGAACAAUUCUCAGGCAAAUGAGUUUGCCCUCAGAAAUCAUCACUGGAGUAUUUGUACAUAGUCUACCAGGUUAUUGCCUUUGCUUUUAUUUGCUAGAAAAGUGAUCUUUCUUAGGGAGAAAAGGCAGCUCCAAUAUAUUUUAAUGUGCCUCUUGGUGCCUGCCCAUUGGAAGCUUCCUGUCCAAGGGGCUUAGCUACUCUACUUAAUCUUAAUUUAGUGGGCAGCUUUCCCAGUCCUUUGAAAUGCAGUUUUCUGAAUGGAGUUGGGAUCUUUUAACUGAGAAUUCUCAGCACUCGCAAAACUGCUUCUCCCACAAUUUAUUGGAGGAAGCUGUUGCACUUAAAUAGCUUAGGCUUUUAAUCUAAAUGACAUUUUAUCCUGCUUCCAUUGUGUAUUGCUUAUUUUGGCGGAGGGAGGGAUAAAUGUCCCACUCCCGCCCGCUAUUUCUCUGCCUUUGCUGCAGACUCAGCUUGACAACCCAUGAGCCCCUCUGUACCAUCCCCUGGCAUGGAUUUCCCUAUGUUCCAGGAAAGUAUAUGCUCUCUUCAACAUCCUCUGUCUUGGGAAUCUCCAGGUUCCAGAUUUUGCAUUCUGGGUUCUGUUCCAUCCUUAACAGCAUAAUUUCAGUGUAGGUGAAAAUUAGUAAUCCCUUUUACAGUUUCCCUUUUACAAUUUGUUUAGCAUUGCAUUAUAAAUAAAACUGGUUUUAGCAAAA